AUGCUAAGCUUUCUCAUUUGGCUUUCUUUAAGCAAUGAAGUUACAAUUGAUCCUGGAUUGUCUACACUACAAAUCUCAGAGAGUACAACCAUAAUCAAUUUUAGUAGCGUAGCAGAAUAUGUUUGCAUUUUGAAUCCAAAUGAAUUUAUGAAUUUAAAUUCGGAGUACACAUAUAUGAAAUCAUUAGAUGUCAGAACAAUUUCUGGUACAAAAACUUUAUAUAUAUUUUAUACCGAAAAACCAUCUAGUAAUUUAACAUUUGUUGUUCUUUCAGGAAAGACUGAAGCAAACAUGAUUAAAUUAAAAGACAAAAACUGGUAUACAAUAAACUACGAUUUCAUUUUUCUAUCUUAUACAAAAUGCGAUUUUGAAUACUUUGCAAUUAAUGAGGGGAUUUGUACGAUACGUUAUGAAGAAGACGGCCAGCUUAAAGAAAUAACCACAAAUUCAGAUGUUAGCCAUAAGACAAUAUUAAAUUCAAGGUAUAUAUGGAUCAGAAUACGUAAGAGCGCAUUUGAAUCUUCUUCCGAAUAUGGCGUUAUUUUCAAACAAUUUUCUGAAAACAAAAUUGAUGAACCAGAAGGAUACAAAACAGGAACCUAUUCAUUCGAUCGUGGUAAAGUUUAUAAAAUUGAUGAAAUUAUUCGAAACAUAGUUGAUAGACCAAUCAAGAUUCGUUACCAAACUUUGAUAAUAUUUGAUGAAAAAGUUACAGCUAUAUUUCAUCAAUUUUCUUUUCAGAAAGAAGGAACUUCAAAACCGAUUUAUGUUGAUUUUGAUUCCCAAUAUUAUUCAGAAGAAUCUAAUACAAUGAACAAUGUUUCAUAUAUUUUCAUUCCAUCAUCAGACUUUGCUGGGUCUUGGAUUAUUGCCACACCAGUUAACAAAAAUUCAUAUUAUAGUUUAUUGAAAGAAAGAAAAUAUGAAAUUUCUAAUAUGUAUAAUUUUACAGAUAAUCUCAAUAAUUUCAACCCUAGGCUCGGUUAUAAUUCAAUUCUAAUUUUUCCAGACCAACAAGUUACAAUUGUAAGACCAGAUAUUCCAAAAUUAGCUUUUGUCAUACCUAAAAAUGAAGACUAUUUUGAUGAAAACAAUGAAAAAAUAGAAGCGUACAAUUUGAACUUAGAACACAAUAUUAUCAUCAAAGCAUCAUCACAAGCUCGAUUUUUCGAAUUUUAUUUGCUUAACAUGACAGAUGUAGAUCAAUAUAUAAUCUUAUUUAAACUUCCUGAUACAAUAACGCUUGAUCAUAGAAACUUGGACUACAAGUGUAAAUUUAUUACUAUUUUCAAAUUAGGGUAUCAAUUUAGUAAUGUCGUGUAUGGAGAGAGUUAUCCAAACAGGUAUAAACCAGGAACUAGACAUGAUGAUCAUUAUUAUGUAUCAAUUGAUAAGAUAUACUUUUUCCCAGAUAUCCAUACGUCAUAUUGGAAAAUUAAAGGUCAUCUUUUGGAUUUAAGUAAAGCCUCUACUAGCUACCUUGAACAGUGUAAAAUUGUCGAUAAACUACUUAUUACAAACAUUCAGAAAAAUAUCCUUUUCGAUGUCAAUAAAUUGGAGAUUUCAGGAUACGAUACAAAGACUUUAAAUAAUAAAUAUGAUACCGAUUUAUUGACUGUAGGGGGCCCAAUUAUAAUUGAAGAUCCUGAUCAAUAUUAUGAUGAAAAUGGAGAAAAAUUAUUAUAUGCUUAUGCUUAUAAAGAAAUCUUAACAAUCUCCAAAAAUUCACCAAUAUUCUCAAGUUCAAAGAGCGAAUAUAAUAUAAAUGUUAAAGCAUUUUCUGGUAGCAGGAAUAGUUACGUCGAUUUUAUUGAUUUAUCACUUUCAAAAGUAUAUUAUAUAAAUAAGAAAAAAGAAGAUAGUUUAAUUGUAAUCGUUCCAAUUAUUCCAAAAAAUUCUCAAAUUAAUGAUACUUAUGGCGCUUACUAUGAUUUUGAACAUUAUGAUAUCAAAUAUUCUGAUUCAAAAGAUUUUUAUAUCGGAUUGGAUGAUCAGUAUUAUUACAAUAAUUUUAUUUAUUCCUCAUCAAAAGCUCUCUCAGAUAUAUAUUUUUCAAGAGUGGAUAGAUCUAGAGAAUCUGGAAUGGUUACUUGCAAAGAAUUUUUACCUUAUGAUAAUUUAAUUAAUGUUCCAUACUCAGGUGUCGCAACAAUUUCGUUUUAUUAUGGACUAGUUAUCUUUCCAGAUGCUGAAAACUUUAUACAAGAAGAUGGCAAUACAUUGGAAAUACGAAAUGUAAUUUAUGGAGAGCAAACAUAUAAAAUAAAGAGAAAUCCAAAAAGAUUGUGUGAUCACAAUCAACUGUAUUAUGUCUAUUAUCCACUAUGGGAAAAAGUAGAAACGGCAAAUGUUGUAGUUAAUCAUUAUUCAGAAAAAUAUAAUGACUUUUUAACAGCUUUUAUUAGGGGAUUUUUAAAUUCUAAUAUUAUUAUCGUUAAUUCCCUGAAUAGCACAAUCAAAUCUUUAAAUUCUAUGGACAAAAUUGGAAAUUAUGCUUAUCGUUAUUAUGAUAACGAAAAUAUUUAUGAAAUAACGAACACAAGAUAG